GCAGUGCCAGUUGUACCCCAGCCAUAGACUGGCCUCAGAAUACUGAAGGACAAGUGUGUGGAGGCUCCUCAGAGCCAAGGCUGGCCCGUGGCAUUGACACACCUGCCCCCCUCACUGUAUAUAAACCAGCCUCCAGCUGGGCACUGUCUCCUCAGGAGUGCCCUCACCAUGGCUCGCUGGGGGAUCCUGUGCUUGGCCUUGUGCUCCUACCUCGGGGUGGCCUGGGCUGCGACUCUGGGUGUGGUGCUCACCGAGGGCGGUUUUGUGGAAGGUGAGAGUAAGAAACUGGGACUGUUUGGGAGCUACGUCGACAUCUUCAGAGGCAUCCCUUUUGCUGCCCCUCCAAAGACUCUGCAAGACCCUGAACCUCAUCCUGGCUGGGAUGGAAUACUGAAGGCAACAGAAUUCAAGAAUCGCUGCAUGCAGAUGACGCUCACCCAGACUGAUGUCCGUGGGAAAGAGGACUGUCUCUACCUGAACAUGUGGAUCCCUCAAGGCAGGAGACAGGUCUCUACCAAACUGCCUGUGAUGGUCUUCAUCUAUGGUGGUGCCUUCCUGGUGGGAGGGAGCCAGGGAGCCAAUUUCCUGGAUAACUACCUGUACGAUGGCGAGGAGAUCGCCGUGCGGGGCAACGUCAUCGUGGUCACCGUCAACUAUCGCCUGGGGCCCCUGGGCUUCCUGAGCACGGGAGAUGAGAACAUGCCAGGAAACUAUGGGCUGAAGGACCAGCACAUGGCUAUUGCCUGGGUGAAGAGGAACAUCAAGGCCUUUGGGGGUGACCCAGAAAACAUCACCAUCUUUGGGGAGUCAGCUGGUGCCGUCAGUGUCUCCCUGCAGACCUUGUCCCCAAAGAACAAGGGCCUGUUCAAGAGAGCCAUCAGCCAGAGUGGUGUCGGGGUCUGCAGCUGGGCCAUCCAGAGGGACCCCCUCUUCUGGGCUAAAAAGCUUGGAGAAAAGCUGGGCUGCCCCACAGACAACACAGCCAUCUUGGCCAACUGCCUUCGUGUCUCUGACCCCAAAGCCUUGACACUCGCCUACCACCUUCAGCUGACAAACCUGCCCUCUCCCCUGGUGCACACCCUGGCCAUCACUCCUGUUGUGGAUGGAGAUUUCCUGCCAGACAUGCCAGAGAAGCUCUUUGCCAACGCUGCUGACAUUGACUACCUGGCUGGGGUCAACGACAUGGACGGGCACUUCUUCGCCGGCGUGGAUUUACCCGCCAUCAAUGGCCCACUGAGGAAAAUCUCUGCGGAACAGGUCUAUGAUUUGAUCAAAGGGCUGACCGUGGACAGGGGUGAGGCUGGAGCCAACGCCACGUACGGUAUCUACACCCAGAGCUGGGAGGAGAACCCGAAGCAGGAGGUCAUGAAGAGGACAGUGGUGGACCUGAUCACUGACUACAUCUUCCUGGUCCCCACCCAGUGGGCCCUGAAUCUGCACCUGCAGAACGCCCGGAGUGGCAAGACAUACAGCUACUUGUUCUCCCAGCCGUCCCGCAUGCCCGUCUACCCCAGCUGGGUUGGGGCAGACCACGCUGAUGACCUGCAGUACGUCUUUGGCAAGCCCUUUGCCACCCCUCUGGGCUACCUGCCCAAGCACAGGACUGUCUCCAAGGCCAUGAUCGCUUACUGGACCAACUUUGCCAGGACUGGUGAUCCCAACAAGGGGAAUUCAGACGUGCCUGUUUCCUGGCCAGCCUACAGCAGCAAUGGCGCUUACUACCUGGAGAUCAACAACAAGAUGAACAAGAACUCCGUGAAGAAGGACCUGAGAUCCCAGUUUGUGACCUUCUGGAACUCGGUCUAUCGGAGCCUGCCACAGGUUGCCAACAUCACCCAGUCGGAGUUAAUGUUCUGA